AUGGACGAAAUAACUCCAGCGCCACCGGACGGGGCAACGAAAACUACAGCACCAGUAUUAUUUUCAAUCACCAGGAAUGCGGACUUGAGAGCUACAAGCUCAAGCGUCUCCUGCAUUUCUCAGAGUCAACUAAGUGAGCUCACAGCAACCAAAGACCUCACGGCCCUCCGCUCACUAGGCGGUCUCACCGGACUAGCAGUUAGUCUAAGAACAGACCUCACAACCGGCCUCGAAGAUGAAGGAGGAAACACAGUCAAGUCAGACCCCGGCUUCACAGCGCGAAGGAAAGACUAUGGUGAGAAUCGACUUCCUCCAAGAAAGCGCAAGACGUUCUGGCACUUCGCCUGGAUGGCGUUCAAUGACAAGAUGAUGAUUCUCUUAGCUGUCUUGGCAACCGUCGAUCUGGCCUUGGGAAUCUAUCAAUCAAUCAGCGCAGCACCGGAAGAGCCUGACGUCCAGUGGGUGGAAGCGGUUUCGAUAAUCGUUGCCGUUGUUGUUAUUGUCCUGGCGACUGCGAUCAAUGACUUCCAGAUGGAUUGCAAGUUCAGGUUAUUGAACCAGAGGAAAGAGGAGCGAGAUGUGAUAGUCAUCAGGUCGGGGAGGGCGCAGCAGAUAUGUAUUCAUGAGAUUGUCGUGGGUGAUCUGGUUCACCUUGAGACGGGAGAUGUGAUUCCGGUCGAUGGCAUUUUGAUACACGGUUUCAGCGUUCAAUGCGACGAGUCCUCUACCACUGGAGAGUCUGACUUGAUUGAGAAGACCCCCGCUCUCAACACGAACACUGACAACGGCUCGGGCUAUGAUCCGUUCCUGCUGAGCGGUAGCAAAGUUUCCAACGGUGUCGGCACAUUCCUGGUCACGUCUGUGGGAGAGAAUUCGAGCUACGGGAAGAUCCUCAUGUCCCUGCAGACAGAGGUAGAAGAAACACCACUACAGCAAAAACUUGGAGUGCUCGCGAAAUACAUCGUCCAUAUCGGCCUGCUCGUUGGUGCCGUAUUUUUUCUCAUCAUCUUCAUUCGGUAUCUCGUGCACUUGAAGGGCAUCAAAGGCGGACCCAGGGCAAAGGGCAAAAACUUUCUUAAUGUCUUCAUUUUGGCAAUCACAGUCGUUGUGAUUGCUGUCCCGGAAGGGCUUCCGCUAGCCGUCACAAUGUCGCUGGCGUAUGCAACUGCCAGGAUGUUGAAGGAUAAUAAUUUGGUUCGGUUACUGAAGUCAUGCGAGGUCAUGGGGAAUGCCACCACUAUUUGCUCGGAUAAGACGGGGACAUUGACUCAGAAUAGAAUGACCGUUGUCGCUGGUCGUGUUGGCACCUUCACCCCUUUUGUGGACGAGAAUUCCGGUCCUGGGACUGAGAACAAGACUGACGCCGUGCCUUUACGCAGUAAAAUGGAUUCUCUGUCUGCUCACACUCAAGAACUCAUUAAAGCUUCGGUCUUUCUCAACUCUACCGCACUAGAAAAAGGGCACGGACAAGAGGCGCAACUAGUCGGUACUAGUACGGAGAUUGCCCUAAUCGAAUUUGCACAAUCCAAUUUCCACGCGGUUAGCAUGACUGCGGAAAGAGAAAGGACACAAAUUGUCCAACUCUUUCCAUUCAAUGCCAACAGAAAGUGCAUGGCUGUCGUUGCGCGGAUUUUCUCCGGUCACUAUCGGCUGUUUCUUAAGGGAGCUCCUGAAAUGGUUCUUCAAAGUUGCAGUCGCAUUGUAACAGAUUCUCACAGCGUUCUCUCAUCGCAGUAUCUACAUGAUGAGAUGCGUACUGUCAUAAGAGACGAUUUGCGUGGCUUCUCAAGUCAAUCACUUCGCUCGAUAGCUCUCGCAUACCGUGACUUUGACCAAUGGCCUCCAGGAACGCCCAUUGGCAACGAGCCCGACGAUUUCCUUGAUGAAGUCCUGCAAGAUAUGGUGCUUAUCGGAUUAUUCGCAUUGCGAGACCCCCUAAGACCAGAAGUAACCCAAUCCGUACGCGAUUGCCAGGCCGCGGGCGUAAGCGUACGAAUGGUCACUGGCGACACAUUCCUUACCGCGAAAGCAAUCGCCCUAGAAUGCGGUAUCUACCAACCAGGAGGCAUCGCAAUGGAUAGUUCGAUCUUCCGCAAGCUAUCCUCAUCUCAAUUAGACAUGGUCCUACCGCGGUUGCAGAUUCUAUCACGAUCCAGCCCAGAAGACAAACUCAGGCUUGUAUCCCAUCUGAGGCGCUUGGGUGAGACCGUUGCCGUGACCGGCGAUGGGACUAACGAUGCUCUGGCGCUCAAGGAAGCUGAUGUGGGCUUUGCGAUGGGAAUUCAAGGGACUGAGGUAGCGAAGGAGGCUUCAUCGAUUAUCCUCAUGGAUGAUAACUUUGCUUCUAUUGUGAAGGCUAUGCUCUGGGGUCGAACUGUCAAUGACGCUGCGGAGAAGUUCUUGCAGUUCCAGUUCACAAUUAACAUCACUGCCGGUACACUUACCAUCGUAUCUGCCUUAUCCGGCGGCACAAAUUCAUCCGUCUUCACCGUCGUCCAACUCCUAUGGAUCAACCUUAUCAUGGACACAUUUUCAGCAUUAGCACUCGCCACAGACCGGCCCACUCGUCGAUUACUCAAGCACACACCAGAGCCCAGGGGCUCUCCUAUCGUCAAGGUAACCAUGUGGAAGAUGAUCAUGGGCCAGUCCAUAUACCAACUCGCCGUUAUCUUUGUGCUGUAUUACGCGGGGGAGCAGUUGUUCCAUUGUAGCACGAAAGCGGAGAGACACCAGGUACAGACGAUGACUUUCAAUAUAUACGUCUGGAUGCAGUUUUUUAAUAUGUUGAAUUCCCGAAGAGUCGACAACGGCUGGAACUUCCUUGACGGAAUCACCCAUAACUAUAGUUUCUUCUUCGUUCAGGCUGUAAUCGUUGCAGGCCAAGUCCUUAUCAUCUUCGAAGGAGGCGAGGCAUUCGGGACUGUAGCGCUGACAGGAGCGCAAUGGGGUUGGUCCAUGCUGUUUGGGCUGUUGACGUUUCCAGUCGGAGUGCUUGUCCGGCUUAUACCUGAUAGGAUGGUUGUGAUGGUUUGGACUGGCAUUGCGUCAACAGGAAGAAUGCUGUUUGACCCCGUUGUGUUGCGAUGGAGAAGGCUCAUACAUGUUUGCUUUCCGGCUAUGUUUCAUGCGAGGAAAGGGAGGGAAAACUCGUCCUCAUCAUUGGAUACGGCACAGACUACCAUUGUAACUGUGCCGAAAGGAGACCAGUAUAUCUCGUUGCGGUCGGGUCUCGGUAGUGAGAGUGACAGGUCCGAAAGAGACGGUUUGUUCGAUCUUGUUCGCGCCAUUGAGGGCGCGAGAUCUAGGUCUGUUGAGGAAGUACCUGGGCUUGAGGUUCAUCCUGAUACUUGCAAGGAUGAUAUAGUCAUAGGUCAACAUGAGGAGGUCUGA